CCCUCCCGCCCGCCACGCCCGGCACGCCGGGGCCGCCGCCCAGGGAGGCCCUCGCCGUGCCGCGCAGCCCCGCGAGGGAGCGCCGGCGAGCAGACGCCCCCCCCCGCGGCCUAUGCGGGGGGGGGCUGCGCCGAGCUCGGGCGCGCGCGCCGACCUGCUCAGCCAGCCUGCCGUGCAUCGGGGAGGCGGCCCACUGAGGUCAGGGGGGGGUUCUGUCCAUGCCCGAUCCUGGAGGAGAUCGGGGGAGACACAGCUGCAGAAGCCUGCGAGCUCUCGGAGCUCCGCACGGGUCCAAGCCUGGCGGGGGCGCCAGCCUGGGAAAGGACGGCCGCGGCGCCCGCUCGAGGACCGACAACGGACAGCUCACUAAUCGACGCGCCAGGGGGGGGGGCUCUGUCCAUCCCCGAUCCUGGAGGAGAUCGGGGGAGAAACACGUCUGCAGCAGCCCGCGAGCUCUCGGAGCUCCGCAGUCGCUUCGUGGAUCGCAGCUCGAGCAUCGACAGAUGUACUGUACGCCCUCCGCGCUACAGUCCAAGCAAAGGAGCGGCCCUGCGUGCACGAGUGUCCGCGUGCAAAGCGCAGUCCGGCGGAGUCUGGCGGAAGCUGAACGCGUACGUAUCCAUAUGCUGUUGGCCUCUGCGUGGGGUCGAGGGCUGCUCGCUGGAAGCGCGGGCCACCGAGGCGGCGCGGAGCCAGAGGUCCGCGGUGCAUUGCGGUGAGCGCGGGCGCCGUGCAAGGUCCUCGCCGAGCGAGUGAGACGUCGAGGCAGGGCCUAUGUACAAGCGACAUGCCAGGCCUAUCGCGCGCUGACUCGCGUGCGGCGGCUCGCCAGACGCCUCAACACAGCCAAGCUGGCUCGACCAGCCACGGAGGGGUCGUCGGCUGGAGAAGGAAGGCGCGCAGAUCAGGCCCAAGACCACAAGAACGCACGCUUGGCGUCUUCCCCCCUUUCAACGGGAGACACAGCACCUCGCAACACGAAGUGAU